AUGGUUGUCGACAGUGAAAAAAAAAUUCCAAUACAUACAGAAUUAAUAACAACAAAUAUGAAUGAUGAUCAUACAACAACACUCGAGAUUUUACGUUAUUCAGUCAAUGAAUUACAACGAAAACAAAUCGAUAUCCAUCGACAUAUUGGUCAGCUAUCAGCAGUUAUGUCUGAUUUUGAAUAUCAUAUGGCACAAGUACGUAAUAUAUGUGAAUCAUCUAAUAAUAACAAUAAUGAAUUAUGUCAAUCUUUAUUAUGUCAUCUUGAAUCAGUUAUAAUUGAUACACGAUCAGCCUUAGUUGCUUCAACAACAAGCACUAAUGAUGCACAACAAGUUCAUGAUCUUGUUGAUCGUCUUUAUGAAGAAAAUCAACGAAUAGCAAAUCAUAUUGAUAAUUUAUUAAAACAAGAUCAAUUAGAUAUUGAAAUAAAAGAUGAACAACCAUUAGAAGAAGAUCAUAUUCAAAAAGCUAUUGAACAUAUUGAACUUGCUUUAGAACAAAAUAUUCGUGAACAAGAAUAUAUUAAUAAAGAACAAGAAUAUUUUGAAAAUAAUCAAAAACAAAUUGAAACAUUUAUUCAAACAACUGAACAAUUACAUGAAGAAGCUUUAGAAAAAUUACGAGAACAUAUUAAAGUAUUACGUGAACAUAAUCAAUCAUUAAAACAAUAUAAUGAACAAAUUGAUAUACUUACGAAACAAUUACCACAAACUUUAUUUUUAUCCGCUCAAUAA